AUGUGGCGUUGCGUCUCUGGUGCCCUUCGCCUUGCUCAUGCAAAGGGAUCAAUCUCUAAUGGACCUAUUCAAACUCUACUCUCCCGAUCUCUUUCGUCAUCUUCUACCACGGGUUCUUACACAAUCGUGGAUCACACAUAUGAUGCGGUCGUGGUAGGAGCAGGUGGUGCAGGGCUUAGAGCGGCCAUUGGACUUUCAGAGCAUGGCUUUAACACUGCCUGUAUUACCAAGCUUUUCCCUACACGUUCUCAUACUGUUGCUGCUCAGGGUGGAAUUAAUGCAGCAUUGGGGAAUAUGACUGAGGAUGAUUGGAGGUGGCAUAUGUAUGACACUGUCAAAGGAAGUGAUUGGUUAGGUGAUCAAGAUGCUAUUCAGUAUAUGUGUAGAGAGGCGCCUAAAGCAGUCAUAGAGCUAGAAAAUUAUGGAUUGCCAUUUUCACGAACCGAUGAAGGAAAAAUUUAUCAACGUGCAUUUGGUGGUCAAAGCUUGAAUUUUGGGAAAGGUGGACAGGCCUACCGUUGUGCAUGUGCUGCUGAUCGAACCGGUCAUGCUUUGCUUCAUACAUUGUAUGGGCAGGCAAUGAAACAUAACACACAAUUUUUUGUGGAAUACUUUGCAUUGGAUCUUCUUAUGGAUAGUGAUGGCUCUUGCCAGGGGGUGAUUGCACUCAACAUGGAGGAUGGUACUCUACAUCGAUUCCGUGCUUGUUCCACAAUUUUAGCGACAGGGGGUUAUGGGAGAGCUUACUUCUCUGCAACAUCAGCUCAUACAUGCACUGGUGAUGGCAAUGCAAUGGUGUCACGAGCUGGACAUGGACUAGAGGAUCUUGAAUUUGUGCAGUUCCAUCCAACAGGGAUCUAUGGUGCUGGUUGUCUCAUUACUGAAGGAUCACGCGGAGAAGGUGGUAUACUUAGGAAUAGUGAAGGAGAAAGAUUUAUGGAAAGAUAUGCCCCAACUGCCAAAGAUCUUGCAUCCAGGGAUGUUGUUUCAAGAUCCAUGACCAUGGAGAUUCGUGAAGGUCGUGGUAUAGGACCUCUGAAGGACCACAUCUAUCUCCACUUGAAUCACCUUCCACCAGAUGUACUUAAGGAAAGACUUCCUGGUAUAUCAGAAACUGCUGCUAUCUUUGCAGGAGUUGAUGUUACCAAGGAGCCAAUCCCUGUGAUACCCACUGUUCAUUAUAAUAUGGGUGGCAUCCCAACAAAUUACCAUGGAGAGGUGGUGGAUAUUAAGGGAGACGACCCCAAUGCUGUAGUUCCUGGACUUAUGGCAGCUGGUGAAGCAGCUUGUGCAUCAGUGCAUGGUGCUAACAGGCUUGGUGCCAAUUCCCUUCUGGAUAUUGUUGUAUUCGGCCGAGCUUGUGCCAAUAGGGUCGCGGAGAUAUAUAAGCCAGGUGAGAAGCAAAAGCCUUUACCCAGUGAUGCUGGACAGAAGACUAUUGCUUGGUUAGACAAGCUAAGGAACUCUAAUGGUUCCUUGCCUACUUCAAAGAUUCGUCUCAAUAUGCAGCGGGUGAUGCAGACCCACGCUGCAGUUUUUCGCACCCAGGAAACAUUGGAAGAGGGGUGUACUUUGAUUGAUAAAGCAUGGGAGAGUUUCCAUGAUGUUAAGCUGCAUGACAGGAGCCUGAUAUGGAACUCUGACUUGAUAGAAACUAUUGAACUAGAAAACCUUUUGAUAAAUGCAUGUAUAACAAUGCACUCUGCCGAGGCUAGGAAGGAGAGCAGGGGUGCACAUGCCCGUGAAGAUUUCCCGAUGAGAGAUGAUGAAAACUGGAUGAAGCAUACAUUGGGGUACUGGGAAAAUGGGAAGGUCGGGCUAGCAUACAGACCUGUUCACAUGUACACAUUGGAUGAAGAAGUCGAACCAUUCCCUCCGAAAGCACGUGUAUAUUGAGUGCCUCAAUCGUUUGUAUGUCUCGGAGAAUCAACCGAUUGUGUUUAGCUGUUCAAAAUAAAGUGACAAUCAGCAGUCUCGCAGCAGUAGGUGCUUGCUUGCUUCAAAAUGAUGAGGCAUUUGUGUACGAUUGAACUAUUCAGAUUUAUUUGUUCUGGAUAAUAAUAAUUGAAAUUAGAAGUGGGUUUUUUUAUUUA